AUGAAGGGUUCCAUCAGUGAACUAACGUGCAAACUCGACUUCCACCUGGUGUCAUCGGCGUACCAGCGCCUGACGGGCAACGCCUGUGUAGGCGAGAUGGCCAUGAGCGUGGAGGCGUACAUUAGCACCGACCUCCGAGAAGCCUUCAACUUGCACACACAGGUAUACAAGAAGGAGACGGCGUCGCCAGCCGACUUCGUGCGCUUCGUCAAGGCCAUCUAUGAGCCCUCUUUCGUAUGGCGUUCGCCUUUGCAGCGCCUCCAAUUCCAUUUCAUGCUCGACGUUGUCACGUACGGUGUAACCCGGCCAGGUGAAUCAUCAACGUCGAAAGGGUAUGAGCCGGAUAACGAGGGCGUGAUGUACAAGUCCAACGUCGUUGUCACGAUCCGCAACCUCAAAGGGAAGCGCGACGACGAGUCCAAAUAUAAGCGAUUCCUUCUGCGAGGCAUGCCGGACGAUAAGCGCGCUUUCGACGGUACCAUCCACUUCCUCGCCCUCGCGCUCCUCGAUGAAGCCAUCGAAGGGCUUUCGAUGGAUAAUCCCGAUAUCUUCUUCCGGGUCGACCCCAGCACCAUCACCGACAACUUUGGGGGACAUAUGCCCCUGAAGAUCCGUCCGGAGGCGAGGGAGAAGCGUUUGACGUUGUCACCUACAGUGUCACUUGACCUGGUGAAUCGUCAAAUUUCAGAAGAUAUGAGCCCGACGACGAAGGCGUCAUGCACAGUGAUACUGAGCCUCGUCCCACUCGCUCGGCUGCGGUCAGCUUCCACUGUGGGUUUCAUGUGCAGCUCACUAGACGGGUAA